AUGAAACUCUCAGUUAUUAAGGCAUGGAUUGGAACCUCCACCUUAUCUAAAGAAGUAGAGGCUAUGCCUGAGACCACCUCACUGCCAGUGGAGUCUGUCUGGGUUCUCUGCAGGAAUUGCAAAUCCAGUUUCCCUCCUUCUCUUGCAGAUUCGCUGACCCUUGUGGCGCCCUCUUCUGUCUUCGAAGGAGACAGCAUAGUUCUGAAAUGCCAGGGAGAAAAGAACUGGAAAAUUCAGAAGAUGACUUACCACAAGGAUAACAAAGAGUUAUCUGUUUUCAAAAAAGUCUCAGAUUUCCUUAUCCAAAGUGCAGUUUUAAGUGACAGUGGUAACUAUUUCUGUAGUACCAAAGGAAACAUCUUUUCGUGGGAUAAACGUUCAAAUAUAGUAAAGAUAAAAGUCCAAGAGCUCUUUCAACACCCUGUGCUGACAGCCAGCUCCUUCCAGCCCAUCGAAGGGGGUCCAGUGAGCCUGAAAUGUGAGACCCAGCUCUCUCCACAGAGGUUGGAUGUUCAACUCCAGUUCUGCUUCUUCAGAGAAAAUCAGGUCCUGGGGUCAAGAUGGAGCAGCUCCCCGGAGCUCCAGAUUCCUGCCAUGUGGAGUGAAGACACAGGGUCUUACUGGUGUGAGGCAGAAACGGUGACUCACAGGAUCAGAAAACAGAGCCUCCAAUCCCAGAUUCACGUGCAAAGAAUCCCCAUCUCUAACGUAAGCUUGGAGACCCGGGCCCCCGGGGGACAGGUGACUGAAGGACAAAAACUGAUCUUGCUCUGCUCAGUGACUGCGGGUAUAGGAAAUAUCACAUUCUCCUGGUACAGAGAGGCCACAGGAACCAGUCUGGGAAUGAAAACCCAGCAUUCCUUGUCAGCAGAGCUGGAGAUCCCAGCUGUGAAGGAGAGUGAUGCCGGCAAAUAUUACUGUAGAGCUGACAACGGCCAUGAGUCUAUCCAGAGCAAAGUGGUGAAUAUCCCUGUGAGAAUUCCAGUGUCUCGCCCCGUCCUCAACCUCAGGUCUCCUGGGACCCAGACUUCAGUGGGGGACGUGCUGGAGCUUCACUGUGAGGCCCUGAGAGGCUCUCCCCCAAUCCUGUACCGAUUUUAUCAUGAGGAUGUCACCCUGGGGAACAGCUCGGCCCCCUCUGGAGGAGGGGCCUCCUUCAACCUCUCUCUGACUGCAGAACAUUCUGGAAACUACUCCUGUGAGGCUGACAAUGGCCUGGGGGCCCAGCACAGUGAGGCAGUGCCAGUCUCCAUCUCAGGACCUGAUGGCCAUAGAAGAGACCUCAUGACAGCUGGAGUUCUCUGGGGACCGUUUGGUGUCCUUGUUUUCAUUGGUGUUGCUUUGCUGUUGUAUUCCUUGUUCCACAAGAUAUCAGGAGAAAGUUCUGCCACUAAUGAACCUAGAGGUGAUUGCAGGCUGAAUCCUCAAGAGUUCACCUAUUCAAGCCCAAUCCCAAAAAUGGAGGAGCUGCAGCCAGUGUAUGUCAAUGUGGGCUCUGUAGAUGUGGAUGUGGUUUAUUCUCAGGUCUGGAGCAUCCAGCAGCCAGAAAGCUCAGCAAACAUCAGGACACUUCUGGAGAACAAGGACUCCCAAGUCAUCUACUCUUCUGUGAAGAAAUCAUAACACUUGGAGGAAUCAGAAGGGAAGAUCAACAACAAGGAUGGGGCAUCAUUAAGACUUGCCAUAAAACCUUAUGUAAAUGCUCGAGGCUUAUCACCUGCCACAGCCACAACAUGCUUCAGGAGCCACCUCCUGUCAUCUUUUUUGUUCUGAUCAUGUUCCUUCUCCAAUAUCUUCUUUUACUCAUUAAUAUUCAUUGAACUGUUACUACAUUCAGACACUGUGCAAAUAAAUUAUUUCUGCUACCUUCUCUUAAGCAA